CCAAAAAAAGCUUCCAUCGAUUUCGCAUCAGAUCCAUGAAGGAAUCAGAUCUAACCACCGAACCAAUCGCUCAGAAUCUAAUCAAGCUAAUCAGCAAUGUCUGUUUCUCAGUCUUCGUCUUCACAGUUCUCAUAUUCACAGUAAUCGCCGUCACUUACCAACCACCAGAUCCAUGGCUUGAAUCUGCUCCAGCUCUCACCAAACUCCUAACCGAAACCGAAAACGCAACUUUCAAAAUCGACGGUUCGAUGCUCAAAACCGGUGAAGACAUCGCUUCUUCUUCUCCGGUUUCAGCUCCGGCGGGGCUAGUUACGGAGGCGACGAUUGAGAAAUCCGAGGAGAUAAUCGGGAAUAUGACGGUGAAGAACUCUUCUUCUUCUGAUUAUUCUAUGGAUUGUGAUGAUUUGAAGAUUGUGAAUUGUUCGGAUCCGAGAGUUUUAGUUGCUGUUGAGAGGUUUAAUUUGAAGGUUUUUAAAUCUAUUGUGUUCUUAGAGUACGAAACUCCGGUUAACGGAUCGAAAUUAGACGAAUGCGAUGUUUCGUGGAGGUUUAGGAAUAAGAAGGAGAAGUCUUGGAGGAGAUAUAGAGAUUUCAGGAGGUUUAAGUUUGGAUUUGGUGAGAAUUGUACUUAUAAAGUGUUUCAUACUAGUGGUUGGCAUUCUGGUGUUAAUGCUCGUAGGCCUAAGAUUAGAUCGAGCUCGGGUAGAGGAGGUGGACCGAAGGUUGCUCGUGGUGGUGAUCCCGAGAUUAAUGAUACGAUCCCGACUCUUGGUUCGCAGACGAAUUUUAGGAGAGGGAAGUAUUUGUAUUAUUCGCGGGGAGGUGAUUAUUGUAAGGGUAUGAAUCAGUAUAUGUGGAGUUUCUUGUGUGGGUUAGGUGAAGCAAUGUAUUUGAAUAGGACUUUUGUUAUGGAUUUGAGUUUGUGUUUGUCGGCGAGUUAUAGUUCCAUGGGGAAGGAUGAGGAGGGUAAGGAUUUUCGGUAUUACUUUGAUUUCGAGCAUCUUAAAGAAACAGCUUCUAUUGUUGAAGAGGGUGAGUUCUUGAGAGAUUGGAAGAAAUGGAAUCGGUCUCAUAAACGGAAAGUUCCUAUUAGGAAGGUUAAGACGCAUAAAGUGUCGCCUUUGCAGCUUAGUAAAGAUAAGAGCACGAUUAUAUGGAGGCAGUUUGAUACUCCUGAACCGGAAAAUUAUUGGUAUAGAGUUUGUGAAGGGCAAGCGUCAAAGUAUGUGGAGAGGCCGUGGCACUCAUUGUGGAAAUCAAAGAGAUUGAUGAACAUUGUCUCUGAGAUUAGUGGGAAAAUGGACUGGGACUUUGAUGCGGUUCAUGUGGUUAGAGGUGAGAAAGCGAAGAACAAGAAGCUUUGGCCACAUUUGGAUGCAGACACAUGGCCUGAUGCAAUAUUGACCAAACUUAAAGGACUGGUUCAGGUGUGGAGGAAUUUGUACGUCGCCACUAAUGAACCGUUCUAUAAUUACUUUGACAAAUUGAGGUCUCAGUACAAGGUUCACUUGCUUGAUGACUAUAGCUACUUGUGGGGAAACAAGAGUGAGUGGUACAAUGAGACAAGUCUCUUGAACAAUGGUAAACCGGUUGAGUUUGAUGGGUACAUGAGAGUAGCUGUUGAUACAGAGGUGUUUUAUAGAGGAAAGACUCGUGUUGAGACGUUCUAUAACCUUACCACGGACUGCAAAGACGGGAUCAAUACAUGCUGAAAUUGAUCAGUCAGGUUGUUAUAUGUCUCUUUUAUUACUUUUGUACCACCAGCCAUUUCAUUGUUUAAUUUGUUUUUUGUAUCCUAUUCAAUUAUGCUUGUGUUGUUACCUUCUGUUCUACUAGCAAUUGAAGAGUGUACGUAACGUCUACAUUUUUUUUAUU